CAUGCUUGUCCGGGCGCUGCUGGGCUGUCUCUGUGUGCUCUUCCCUCGUAGCUGCUGUCCCACAGUCAGAGUACACAGCUCUGAACAUUAAGACACAGGAAGUGAAAACACAACCUCAAUGUAAAAUUGAUAAAGUUUUCGACACUAUUAUGAACAAUUUGCCGUCGAUUUUAGAGUUGUUUAAUAAAAUACGACAUGGCAUUUUUAGUAACGAUGGCUCCCUCGAUUUCAACCAAACCAAGUCCUUAAUUAUGGACGUUGUGAAAACUGUCACCACAAUAGCAAACGUCCUCCAAGAUAAUGAAGCUAAGCAAUUCUCUCCAAGAGAUUUACAGAAAGUUGAACCGCUUAUUUCACUCUUUCUUCCCUUACUGCAAGUAACACAUUCUCAAAAACAAGGCAACGACAAUAAAGGUUCUAAUUCACUAAUCACUAAGCUUGAGGCCACAGCAGACAAGUCUUCAGUUCCACUGCAAGCAUCCUCAUUCCCAGUGGACAUCCUUCAGGAUCCACAGGAUUCACCUGCGUCCCGAUCCAUUCCUCCAGACCAGGCAUUCCUAGCACCAACCUCUCGACCAGACGCAAAGCAAGCAUCGUCACAGAUGGAAGCGGAUCUGACAACAACCACGAUGUUGCCACAGGUCUCACCUUCAUCCGCCCAUCCCGAAACACCAAAACACAGGCACUUUUUUCAGGAGGAGGAAUAUGAGCGGCUCACUCAGAUUCCUCAACACUAUGCAAAAUACCCAGGGUAUUUCAUAAGGCUCCAGAAAUAAACCUGCACAAGAGUACAUUGAAUAAACCCAACCGGUGUUCCUUUUACUAUGUCCCUUUAAGUCGCCUGUUACACGUCUUGGACACAGUGGCAUUAUUCAUGGAACUAUAGCCAUGGUGCGUGCUCUAUAGGCUAAUUCAUAAUUAACUAUGUCGAGCUUAAUGCUCUGUUCACUCCUUUACUGUUGGCUGUCAGCAUCCAGCACCAUGAUUCUCAGAUUGUCUAACAUUUGUAAUAAUAAUAUAGUUUGUGACGGUUGCUAAAAUAAUACAGCUAAUCAUUGCCUCAAACCACAAUUACUUUUCUAGACAGGACUUUCAAGGAAUUUAUGUCCUCAGAAAACACCUCUUAACCAAUCUCUUAUUACAUCUUUGGUCUUUUUGUUCUCUUGCUAAAAAUACUGAUCGACAUUCUACAAUAUCCAAUCUUAAUCCAGUGGAGUAUUCCUGAUAAGAUAAGCGAAAGUACAAAAGAAAAAUAUGCAAUAUUUCUUGUAGAUAACAAUGAUAGGAUAAAGUAAG